CCUACAGUUUCAGACACAUUGAACACACUGCCUCUAAGAUCGGACGCCCCAUGUUUUGCUUCCUUCGGCUUUGCGAACGAGCCGAACUAUGGCUGAUAUUUACCCAUAUCCCGUUUUCUUUGAGUGCCAGAGCCACCUGCUCGACAAGAAGAGGAUAGAAACGCAUUUCCGUGUUCGCCGCAGAUCAGGCGGGGGGGACUGUGGACCACUGAGGCGAGAGACUGACACAAUCUACAGCGUUGCUUUCACAAAUCAGGAAGAUCAGCAGGCAGUCCUGCAGAGAUCUGAGCACGUCGUUGAGCUUAAAGAUGGUGAAGUAGUGAUCACUGUCCGAGGCAACCUCGAACCUCACGCCUCUACUGUCAAAACGUCAGCCCAACCCCGGGAUUCAACAGCUCCAGUACAGAGCCCACUGGUCAAUCCUGCCUCAACUCCUCCAUCAAGUGGUGAAGACUAUGAAUUACAACUUAAUAUGUACCUCCUCCAUUACCUAAAGGAACACCCACAAGCUUGGAAAGAACUAGAGAAAGAACUCACCUCUGUUUCCUGCUCUGCCCAGCUUUACCCAGAGGAGGGUAGGGUGUUAGUCAUGAGUUUAGCUCAACCUGGUGUUGAAGGUGGUGUAAAAAACUGGAGAGCUGAAGUAGACAGAGUCUUUGAUGACUACAUGAUUCACUACGAGGUUGAACCUGUCAGAGUUAGAGCUUUGCUUCGGUCCUGCAGCUCCCCUCAGACCACAGAUGAGGUAAAGGUUUACAGCGAGGGUGGGAUGGCUGUUGUUGUUGGGAAGCGUUCGCAGGUGAGUGCCAUGUUGAUGGAUUUAGAAGAAAAGUCAAGUGUUAGUGAGAAACAAACCAGACUUAUACAGCUCGGUAAGGCCAAACUUGCCCUCCUCUGGAAAGAGAUUGAGAACAGCUUGGGACAAGAUUAUCCAGAAGUGAAGGUCACCCGAGGAGAUGAAGGUCAGAUAGUUUUGGAGGGAACCAUGGAGGAAAUUGUCAAGGCUGGAGAUUUAAUCUCAAAUAUUGGGACAUUGGUAUUAGAGAGGACAGUUUCUGAUGUAAGCCCACACUUUUUGGCCUUCCUGAGGGAAACCUAUGGUGGUCCAGGGUUGCUAUCUGAGUUUUUAGGGGUUGGCGACAAGGUGGAAAUAGAGUUAAGAGAUGCACAACUAUGUUUCUUUGCCCUUUCUACUGAUAAACUGGAUGACACAGAAAAAAAACUUACAGAAAUAUUCAAGGAAGUCAUUAUUGAUAUUUCUGACUGCUCUGUUGCGCUACCCGAGCUUUGGGAAAAGCUUGAGUGCAAGACAAAGGAGAUGAACCAAAUGCAAUGUAGGGCCGAAGCUGUGUUUGGCUCAGAUAACAAAUUGUGCUUAUUGGGCCACACCAAAGAAGUUGAAUUACUCAGUGAAGUUGUCAAACAGUUUGUUUUGGACCAUUCGAAUGUGCAAAGCGUAAUCCAUCUGCCAUUUCCAGAACUAGCACAAGACUUGCCAGAACUACUGCAGCUGCACAAUGUAGACUCUUUAGGGGUUACUAUAAACCUUUUAACAACUUUCUCUGGGCCCGUGGUUGCGCUGGAAGGUCCACCUGGCAAAGUGAGGGAGGUCAGUAACUGGCUAUGUCUACAUUUGGACUCCCUUGAUCUGGACAGAGUCACUACUGAUGAGAACGGGUCAGCAAGAUAUUCCCGAAGCCCCCCUUGGAAAGGCGAACCCCAAUGUGUUGCGGAGAAUCUGUCAUUGUUGUGCUUGAAUGAAGUAAACACAACCGUUGCGACUUACCACCUUCAUGGAGGGCUUCAAGUGCUGGUGUGUCAAGGUGACAUUACCAAACAGGAUGCUGACGCCCUUGUGAAUGCUGCCAAUGAAGAUUUGAACCACUGUGGAGGGGUUGCGGCUGCACUGAGCAAAGCGGGUGGCCCUGAAGUUCAGCGUGAGAGCAGCUCCUUAGUUGAGACUAUUGGGAAAUUACCCACAGGUGAAGUGGUAGUCACUACAGGUGGAAACUUAAACUGCAAGGUAUUGCUGCAUGCUGUUGGACCAGUAGGUGGACAAUGCGGUGGAAAAGAAAGGGUGUUGCUGGGAAAAACUGUCCACUCUGCUCUGAAUUUGUCAGAAAUGAUGGAGUUCCAGUCCAUAGCCAUGCCUUGUAUCAGCUCAGGGAAUUUCGGUGUCCCUGUUAAUGUGUGUUCACAGGCGAUUGUAACGGCUGUUAAAGAGUUUGGAAGUCAAGGAGGGCGUAGUCUAAGACAAAUCAUUCUGAUUGAUAACAGAGAGGAGGUGGUUAGGGUAAUGCACGAAACAUGUGACAAUCUUCUCCAAGGGGUAACUACUGGAAAAAGUGCACCAAGUGAAAUUGGGUUUCCAAUGGAGGCUUCUGUCCAAGACGAGGAUAGGGCUCUUGUCCGUGUGGAGAUCACUCAGGGUACCAUAGAGACACAGCAGGUUGAUGCAGUGGUGUCCCCAAUGGUCGGCCCCAAUAUUCAGACCACUCGUGUAGGAAACACUUUGUUCAAAAUGGUUGGGCCUCAGCUGACUGCGAUGUUCAGAGAGGAAAGAGGAGAAGAAACUCUGGCUGGUGACACAGUCCUGUUGGAGGGCCUGUCUGCACUUCCAUCUAAUGCCGUCUUCUUCCUCAACCUCGCUCCCUGGGAUUUUGACCAAGAAGGAACUGCUGCUCAGGCUCUGAGAAUGGGCAUCAAGCAAAUCCUUACUACUUGUGACAGUAGAAGGUUUGCUUCUGUUGCUCUCCCUGUACUCGGGGCUGGGAUUGCUCUGAAAUUUCCUGACAGCUUGGUAGCAAGGAUUCUACUGGAAGAGGUUCACGCUUUUGAACAAGAGCGAGCCAGCAGAACACCAUUCACUGUCUGGAUUGUCAUCCACCCAAAUGAGGAAAAGGUUACUGAGGUCUUCAAGUCUGUCCAGGAAGAUUUCCAACUCAAAGAAACCAAAAGCAAAGUUCAACAUCCACACCAAGAGUCUGCUACGAAAAGGAUUGUGCUGCUUGGAAAAACCGGAUCUGGAAAGAGCAACCUAGCGAACACCAUAUUUGGAGAGAAGUUGUUCACCACAAACCACACCCCUAACUCUGGAACAAGACAAUGUCAAGCAGAAACCAACUCUGUCAAUGGCAGAAGCAUCACAUUGAUUGACACUCCAGGUUUCUUCGAUGCUGGAAGGCCUGAGGAGGAUAUGAAGCCUGAGAUAGUGAGGUGUAUCACAGAGUGCGCUCCUGGGCCCCAUGCAUUUGUCAUUGUGCUAAAAGUGGAGAAGUUCACUGAGCAGGAGCAGGCUGUGAUCACAAAAAUAUGCCAAUAUUUCUCUGAAGAUGCUCUUAAAUAUGCUGUCAUUGUGUUUACACAUGGCGACCAGCUCCCUAAAGGGGUGAAAAUCGAGGACUUUGUAAGUCAGAAUAGAGAUCUGAGUGAUCUGGUGAAGAAGUGCGGUGGAAGGUGUCACGUCAUAGAUAAUAAAUACUGGAAGAACAAAGUUCAGAAUAACUACAGGAGCAACCAGCUUCAGGUAGAGGAGCUACUGAAGACAAUAGACGAGAUGGUGAUGGAAAACAACGGAGACUUCUAUGUCAACAAGAUGUUUCAGGAAGUAGAGAAAGAAAUACAGAAAGAGGAAGCGCACAUUAGACAGUCUUGGGGUGACAUGCCAGUCGUGGAGAUCAGAAAAGAAGCAAAAAGCAGAGUGUCUGAGAAGUUUUUGAUAGAACUGGCUGGCACUGCAACGGGAGCGUUGAUGGGUGCUUUGUUUGGCGUGGCUGCAAUGGUUGGAUUAGUUAUCACAGCUCUGCGAAACUGUCAGUCUUUUAUAAGUGUCAUGAAAAGAAGGCCAGCAGUAGGAGGUGCAGCUGCAGCAGCUGCAGGAGGAGUAGAAGCAGCAGGUAUGACUGCUGCGGGGGUGUUGGUUGGUGUGACUGCACUGGGCAUGACUGCAACAGGUGCAGUUAUUGGUGGAGUUAUUGGACGUGAAGCAUCUGAGGGAGCAGAAACAGUGAAGGAUGCAAUUGACAGAGCAGCCAAUAGUGUUAUCAACAAAGGAAAAUAUGCCUUAAAGCUGCAAUAAUUGGGCGCUUUGCAAAUUUUAUUCUGUACACAUCCCCUUUUUUGCUCUGUUUUAAUCUCCAACUCAACAGGAGCUUUCAAGAGCUUUCUUUAACACUUUUCACGCAUUAUCUCGUAAAAAAUUCAAGACAUUUUUAGCACAGCCUGUCCUUGAAAAAAAAAAAAGUCAAUGCGGAUGUCACAGGAUAAUAUUUACAACAUAUCCAAAAACAACAGAGCCCAACCCUGUGUUGUUGUGUAGUUUUAUGUGUUUAAAGUAUCAAAGAAAGAGUGUGAAGAAAUAAAGGCGUAUGAAGCAGAUUUUACAACAAAAAUCGCACUUGUUGCUCUCUGCUUGCGCGAUAUCAACGUCCGACUUCACAACGACAUUUUAAGGAGAGGCUUGCAGGAAAAAGAAUUUGAGAAAAAAAAAUUGCAACUCACCCUGUAAAUUUCAGAAAAUGUUCAUGAGUUUUGUGCAUGUGUAAAGAGGCUACAUGUGUCUCUUGUAUUUGGUGCUGGGCAGGUAGCUUACAGUGUUUUUUUUUUUUGUUUUUUUUUAAAUGAAGACGUCAUGGUGAGGUUAGAAACCGGGUGGAUAAGAGUUUGCUGGCUUGGAAUGGAAACACUAAUGCUUAAAGAAGCGAAAAAGGAUCCGUAGAGCUGAAGAGAUGUGCAGUCUGGCGAUAAGACUGUGUGAUAUAAUAAAAACAAAUGUGAAAUGUAGUGCAACUUUAAGGGGAGAGGGACUAUCAAUCAGUCAAUCAUUAUUUAUAUAGUGCCAAUUCUUAACACAUUUUUAUCUCGAGAUGCUGAGCCGGUAAUAGACUUUACUCAUUUUGGUAUGGGGGAGAUGGAGAUGGACUGUAAAAAAAAACAAAGUGGAGGGAAAUAAUCAAUCUGAAAAAGUGUGUGAAACAGUUACUAUUAUCUGUAAGAAGCCGUCUUUAUAUAUUGUUAUUGUAUGAAAUUAAAUGUAUUUAUAUAAUUGACUGGAGGGAUUUGAUUACCUUAGUGGUGGUUGGAUUAUUGAUUUCAUAACUUUAAUUUUCAACACUGAUUAUUUUAGUAUUUUAUGCUAAUGUUUGAUCAGUUUUCAACAAUAAAAUCAUUGCGCACUAGUUUUCUGAGUAGUGUAUUUUGUUAUAUUAUGGGUGUAACUGGUUUACACCUCUUGACUGUUUGAUUUCUAUUCUUACACUGACAUUACAUGCUUUGGUCAACAGGGGGCGCCAUAAAGCAAGCUUUCCACAUGCUAGUGAGGUCAAAGUGAAGUCACAGAGUUGAUAUGUAUGUCAAAGCUGUUUAGUACAUGACUCUUUGCAGGUUGUUUGGUAUUAGAACUUUCAGUCCUGGAAAUGAACAAGAUCUACAAAUAAGAUCAUUUUUGAUUUGAUGAAGGGAAUAAAGUUGAUUUUUAAACUAUC